AUGCUCCGAGCAGGAAGGAUGGAGGAGUUUGUCACGGAGGAAGAGGAGCCAUGGUACGACCAGCGCGACCUGGAGCAAGACCUGCACUUGGCGGCGGAACUCGGCAAAACUCUGCUGGAACGCAACAAAGAGCUAGAGGACUCCCUUCAACAGAUGUACAUCAACAAUGAGGAGCAAGUGCAAGAGAUAGAGUACCUGUCCAAGCAGCUGGAAAUGUUGAGGGAGAUGAACGAACAGCACGCAAAGGUGUAUGAGCAGCUGGAUGUGACUGCCAGAGAGUUGGAGAUCACCAAUGAGAAGCUAGUGCUGGAGAGCAAGGCCUCACAGCAGAAAAUCGACAGGCUAACAGGCACCAUGGAGACCUUACACAGUCAGGUGGACAGUCUGACCACUCGAGUGGAGGAGCUGCGAACUCUGGAGGAGCUGAGGGUCCGCCGGGAAAAGAAGGAAAGACGCAAGACCGUCCACUCUUUCCCCUGCCUCAAAGAGCUCUGCACUGCACCAAGGUAUGAGGAUGGUUUCCUGCUGGCCAACCCAGGCAGCGUGGACCUGGCCGAGAGACAGCCGAUGGAUGAGGAGAACGAGCGCCUGAAGAACAUCGUCACGUCCCUGCGCACGGCCAUGGCCGCAGAGCGAUCCCAGAGGGAGGGCGCUGAGCGGGAGUGUGCGGCUGUGCUCCAGGAGUUUGAGCGUCUGGAACAGCGUCUCUUAGGAGCGGAGGGCUGCCAGCUGAGGGUUCAGGAGCUUGAAGCCGAGCUCCACGAGAUGCAGCAGCUGAGGAAGUCCAGGGUGUGUCUGAUUGGUGGAAUCGAAGACGGACUGGAGACGCUGCUCAGCAAUGGCCCUGAGAUGGACACCCCAGAUGAAGGUGCUGGGCAGGAGGGUGGAGGCGAUGGAGGUUCUGGGGAGGUGGGAGGUUCAGGGCAGCAGGGAGGCCCAGUGAGGAAAAGCUGCAGUGACACAGCUCUUAACGCCAUCUCUGCCCGUGACGCCUCAGGCAGGCGUCAGGGUACUUACGCCCUCCAUGCCAAUGGCGUGCGUAAACGUGGCAUGUCCAUCCUGAGGGAGGUGGAUGAGCAGUACCACGCCUUGCUGGAGAAGUACGAGGAGCUGCUGGGGAAGUGCCGGCGUCAUGAGGAGAGCCUGUGCCAUGCCGGGGUGCAGACUUCACGGCCCGUCUCCAGGGACCCCUCCAUGAAGGAGUACAGCAUGAUCUGCGCAGGGCCUUCGACAUCGGGCCCGGUCGCCGCCGCUCCUCCCACACCGCCUCAAACUCCCUCCACUCCGGAGGCCCUGGAGGGGAUCAGCAGGCAGGUGGAGCAGGUGGACAAACGGCUCAGCCAGAACACGCCAGAGUACAAGGCGCUGUUCAAAGAGAUCUUCUCCCGCUUGCAGAAGACCAAGAGCGACAUGAACUCCUCCAAGAGCAGGAAGUCCAAUAAAUAAACCUCAUAACAGCUACUGAUAACUA